AUGCACGUGAAUAGACGCGAUUUAUUUUCCCAACACAAGUAUAAAGCUGUGCUCGAUGUUUUUCUGUCCGACGAGCUUGCCAUGAUGCAGAUGCCACGUUUUUAUCGCCUCUCGUCCUGUUCUUGGUCUUCCGACAAUCCAAACGAAGGGGAAGGGGAACAAGGGAACUUGUGCGAUCUCAUAACAACCGCGCCCGAGGACGAUGAAGUGGAUCUUUAUGUCAGUUCGCUCAGGUGUUGCGAAAAUCUUCUCAACGGCAGCUUCAUCAUCGCUACUUGAUCAUGUGAAGAGAGCGGAAGUUUGUCAUGCAACCUGGUGUUUUUGAAGACCUGCUUGUAAAUCAGGACAGGACGUACUUCUAGUUGCCAGCUCGUCCGUUUUUUUGUGCUGGGACAAGAUGACGCGAAAGUAGCUUUCUUUGGAAAAAAUCCGCAAAUUGUCAUGCGCAUCACAAUCUAUCAGUUGUACGUGGAUACGAGUUCUUGCGAAUGCAAAACCUUGUUUCCAGCGCAACAUCAUAAUUGUAUACACGGUGCUAUUGAGAAGAUUCUGCAAACGCCUGAGCUGGUCAUUACUUUGAUGGAACAAGCCUGGCGAACUCCCCGGAAGGCUAUGCUGGUAAUGAGCGAGAGUGUCGUUGUAUUCGUACAGAUGAUCUUGAUUGCGAUACAUAUUGCAUCAGCACAGUCCUUCUUUCUACACCUGAGCCACCAGCAUCACAAACCUCCCACUAAUUACCCGCACUACUCCUGCUUUAUACAGAACGUGUGCAAGUAGAUUUGCGAUGCAGAAACAGCUUGAUAACAGAGGACGUGAAGAGAGUGCAUCUGACACAACUUCUCUUGUAGUGUUGCAUAAGGUCGUAACGGAAGCGAAAGCGUCUGCGGCGGUGGGAGCCUAAAAUAUCGUACGCUUUCUGCAUGAUGCAGUGUGCUGGCGGGGAAGGACGAGUGGACGUACUAGGUGGGGAAACUGGUCAAGUUCCUUUGUAUUCUUUGCCAAUUCCAUGUCGAAGAGCCGAAUGUAGUUGUAAAUACUUCUACGCACUUCAAUUUUUACUCAAAAGUACAAGACGAAGAAUUUCUUCUCGAAAAUUCUUUUCGACUACCCUUGUAUUUUUAACCCAAAAGUACUAUACAGUUAGCGUGCACAGAGCUGCAGGCCGCUCGUAAAAUAUGUCCGACAAGUAGACCACUAAUAAUCAAAAAUACAGAAUCGAACAACAAUAAUAAUAAAUCCCCAUGAAAUAGAAAUAUUAAUUGCAAAAGAGAACGACGCAUUUUAACUUUGACACAAACAAAAGAAGAUCAAGAUUAUGCUUUUUCACUUUAACAUAAGGAACGAGACAUUUUUUUUUUCAGAAGUUAUGGGGCCGAGCAGGCCGAGCAGAGAUUUUAUUUUUUUCCGACCAUAACGCGACCUUAGGCACCGCCGUUUCUCACGACAAGCAGGUCGUGGAAUAAAAGGCGCGCUCUAGUAGUAGCGCUGCGUAAUUAUUGGAGCUUCGUGGAGAAAUAAAUGAACAUUGAAUGUAUUGUACGUCCUUGCAGAACAAGUACACCUCGACCUCCAGUGUGGUGCUUCAAUAUGACGACUUCUAAGUAGUCAAUUCAUGUACAAAAAAAAGUUUGUAGCGAGCCUUCUCUCAACCUCUCUAAAUCUAAGGACGACCCUCGCCUAGCAGGCACACGACCCCGAGUUUCUUCCGAGCGCGAGCUCUACUACUCUUGUUGGCAAGUGAAAAAGACAAAUGAAUGAAAGAAGACGAUGAGUAUGGAAAGCAAAUGUAAUUGUAAAAAAACUAAAAAGACGGUGAGUGCUCGUGCUGUAGAGCAAGUACCAGAUCGACUACUGACUGUUGCAAU